AUAAACACCAAAUUCAUAAAAGCAGUUACUUUAAUGGUAGAAAUAUAUGAGAAAACUUUGCAUAUAAGGAUAUAAUACAGGGAGGAAAAUUGGUUCGUAGAAAGAAAGGUAUAAAGUAAUUUCAUUCUCACGGUUCAAAAUAUGAUAGAGUGUAUGCACCUACGCCAUUGUGAUUGGUUCUGAGCCAUCUCACCCGAGUCUCCAACCACCAGUUACGAUAGUCGCGAGAACCCCAACCAAGUAGUCUGCAUCGACCAACAUUGCUCAAACCAGAAGUUAACGACUUUACAGACUGGUAUCACAUGUUGGUUUGGCUGCCCCCAACUUUUUUCCAUCCGUCUCCAACAAUAAUCAACAUUGUGCGCUAUUGAAUCAAAUACUUUGUGUGUAUAGUAUAUAUUAACGUAGUUCAUUAUACUUAUAAUAAAAUUGUUUAGCAACGUAAAUAUCUUCUUUUUUGUUGUUGAAAGGAACGCCUGACAUUGAAUGAUGAUAUUGUCAAAGUUCCAUACAUUUCCGUAUAAUGACGAUUCUAUCUGUCCACUAUACUGUUCAUCUAUGUUUAUUGUAUAUAAAUUAUUAAUUACGUCUAAAACAUUGAUAAACAUGAUCGAUUCAUAACCAUUUUAUGAAUAAAUUUAUUGAAUUCAACCCAACUAUCUGGGUGAAAGAGAACAAGUAGUCAGUCAGUCAAAUGCAACUUGGGACCUGACACAUGCGUACAUCGGUUCAUAUUUUCAUGCCGUGUUAGCAUAGGGAAAUGAAAUUGCUAUGGCACAUCUCAACAGUUAAGGUAGUAACAGUAUUAGUGGUAAUCGACGAGAUUAGGUAUCUGAGAUAUAAUUCGAGAAGUAUAUAAUAGUGAAAUAAUUAAAGGAAAACAUAUGAAUUUAGAAGUUUAGAACUUAAAGGAAUACAAAGCAUGAUUGUCCGUGCACCAUUGUUAACAAUCUUCAGUCAUGCUAUUCAGUGUCUAACUGUUGGAUUGAACUCCAAUUAUGUAGUCUGAACCUGCCUACAUGACUAUCCAACAGUCAAUUUCUUCAUCUACAGAUACAAUGUCUAGAUUUGGCAGCUUCUAGGUUUUUUGCAACCUAAUUGUACGUUAGCCACUUUUAUGCAUCAAGGUAGUCAGUGCGUAAGUAUACUUAUUAAAUGUUCCAAUCAUCCUAGUCGAUAAAAAUUCACUACCUUAAUGGACUGAGUACAGUUCACAGUAGUGGAAUGGUGUGCGUACGCUUCUAUGUUACUACAUCUGCUACAAUUCGACAUCACGAUUCAAAUACGCAAAUUUUAGCCACUCUACAAAUUUCAACCCAAACCAGCAAUCCACCCUGUAUUACUGUGCAACCACAACAUAGCCUGUGAAAGUAGAUGUACACAGACUUGUACACAGUAUUUUAUCAUAGGUAUCUUCAGAGCGCUGGUGAUAUUUGGUGGGUCCACUGACAUGAUACUCAUUGUACUAGGUAGAAAGAAUAAAUCUACUGAUGACAAGGCUAUAAACUUUCAUCAGCUAAGAUCACUAGAUGUUUUAUUCAUUCUUAACUUUCGCUUCUCAUUACGGCAUACAAUAUUGACUGAGAGAAGUAAAUUAUAGAGGAGCUAAGAUUAAGCGAAUUAUGACAUCACAGUGCGUAAAAUUACUAACUGUUCUUUCAAGGCAUAUCGAAAGUUGUAAACAUUCAACUUAGUUAGGGCUUACGCAAUAUUCAUAAAAUCAAGUGUAAUGAAUUGAUUCUCAAAAUCAUUAGCUUUUCUGUUGUCGUCAUCUAUUUUAGUGUCGAUAUAUUUUUCACAUUCUAGAUAUAAACAGAUCGAUGACCGAUUCAAAUCCAAUGGAAUACGACUGUGAUUCAGAUGAUUGGCAAGAAGUUACACUGCCUGAUUCACUUUCACCAGAAAAGUAUACUUGUUUAAUGUGUGAAAAUCAUUUUAACACAUCUCCACUAUUUUUUCAACAUCUUACCCUUCAACAUGAUUGGGUCAAUUUUUUAGACGGUGAAGGCAAGAGUAUUUUCAAUGAUCAAUAUGAUUGGAUUCGAUUUGUUAAUUUUGUUCGCAAAACUAAACCAGUGGAUUUACGUCAAGCAUUUUAUGAUAUGGUUUGGAAAACGGACUCCUUAGAUCUACUCUAUCCAGUUCUUCCGGAUGAUGAAGUUCUAUCGAUUGAUAUUGAAUCCUAUUUAUUGGAUAAUCAACGAAGUAAUCAGUCACCUGGGAUAGUUGUACAUGAAAAGUCAACUAAUCAACAACCUGUAUCACAAGAAAUGUCACGUAUCGUGGCAGAAAAUAAAUCGUUACGUACGCAGUUAAAUAAUUGCAAACGCUUACUUUCAACUAUGUCUGCCCAAUCAGUUCGAAGAAAAUCACCAUGCGAUCAAUCGUCUGAUUAUGACUUGGACAUAGAACCGAAUGAUUCUUCAUAUUUUGGAUCUUAUGGUCAUUUUGAAAUACACGGUGAAAUGAUAAAUGAUCGUGUACGUACUGAAUCUUAUGUGAAUUUCAUCUUGUCUAAUGCCGAAAAAUAUUUUAAGCACAAAAUUAUUUUGGACGUUGGCUCUGGUUCAGGUAUUCUGUCGAUUAUCGCUGCACAAGCCGGUGCUUCACAUGUUUACGGUGUAGAAGCUGCUGACGAGAUCUAUGCAGCUUCACAUGAAACUUUAAGAGUGAACAAUUUACUAGAACGUGUUACUUUUAUUCAUGGUCAAGCGGAAUCUGUUGAAUUACCAGUUAAAAAGGUUGAUGUAAUCAUCUCUGAGUGGAUGGGAUAUUUUUUAUUUUUUGAAUCAAUGCUUGAUUCUGUCUUAAAAAUGGCAUCGAAAUAUUUAUCCCGUGAUGGACAUAUAUUUCCACGUCAUUAUACAUUAAAUUUAUUAGGUGUACAAUGUUCCGAACAAUUACGUAAACGUCGUUUAGAACAUUGGAAUAAUGUAUACGGUUACAAUAUGCCAGCAUUACGUCGUGCUGCAUUGAGUGAAGCACAUGUAUUAAAUUUAACAAAUGAACAUGUUACACCACCAAUAUCCCCUAUUACUAUAUUAACACAAUCAUUUGAAUUAGUUGCGCUGGAUUUAGACGAUAUGCAUCGUAAUCGUAUUUAUAAUUUAUCAAAUCAUUGUUCACUUUUAUGUGAGCAAAAAUUUCAUUUAACUAUACAACCUACUACUGACAUUAAUAAUAAUAGCAGUAGUAGUAAUUAUGAAUUAGAUGCAAUUGUUGGCUAUUUCGAUGUACGUUUUGAUGAUGAUGCCGAUUGUAAAGUUGAAUUUUCAACAUCCCCAACUACUCCUUUAACACAUUGGAAGCAAACGUUACUAUUUUUAGAUAAGCCAAUUCGUGUGAAACCAGGCGAUAAAAUCUCUGGCAUCAUAACUAUUCGUCGUGCAACUACUGAUAAUCGUGGUUUAGAAAUCAAUCUAUUAAUUGGUGAAACAGAAAAUUCACUUGAAAUUAAACAAACUUUUGAUUUAAUCGGUUAA